CGACGACGACGACGAGAAGCCCGAAACCGACAGAAGCGUAAACGCGAGUCCUAGGUGCCCGACAGGAUGCCGCUGCUGCGCAAGAAGCCCUUUCAGCGUCUUCACGUCUCCUCCGACUUCCGCGAGGACGACGAGGUCUUUCAUUGCGCCGUGACUAAUGAGAUUUUUAAAGAUUACAAUGAGUUUUGCGAGAGAAUUAUCCUGUGUAAUUCAAUGAUAUGGUCGUGCAGUAUAACUGGAAGGUCCGGAAUGACCUACGAAGAAGCUUUGCAAUGCGAGGAGCACGCGAAGGCAAGCCUCAAGGAAUUUCCGAUGGAGUUGCGUAUCCCAAUCUUGUACUUAGCUAGUAAAACAUCGAGGACUUCUUUUGGUGAAAUGAUAGAGGACAUUUACCAGUAUGCUAGAGAACGAUAUUUCAUUGGAGAAAUGGUUGAAGCAAGCUUCACCGAAGAUUCAUGGUGCGAAUGUCAUGUUUUACAAGUUAUCGAGCCUACCCAACAGCAAAUUAAUGCAUUUAAUUUGGAAAACAGCAAAAGUCCACAGGAUAGAUUAUAUUAUCCUCCGGCAAAAUUAUUUCGUUAUGAAGUUGAACAGCUAGAUUGUGGCGAUACCGACGUCAGUCAACUGAUGAUUGUAGAAGCUUCGCAGGUCCGUCGAAGGAAGCAGCAGUAUAGUCGAGAACGUAAUAAAAUAUUCCUUCGAAUGCUAUGCGAGCAAAACACUAAUGGUGUUUGGAUAGUAAAGGAAAGUGUCUUACAAAAAUAUGGCAUUAUUAAAACUCGCUUUGAUUCGUUAUUUGCUGGGCCACUACCCGAUUUUACACCACGGCCAAGAAAAAUAAUAAAGCAAAAGCAAGAAUCUUUGGACAAAUUUCUUGUUUCCGAUGUAUCUAAGCAUAGGACGUUCGAUAAGCCAGAUCCACUGAAAAAGAUUAAUUCUAGUGACACUAUUAUAAAGAAAAAUCGAAAACCUAGACUUAAUGGUAAAUUUAAGGAAGAACUCAAGGCAAAGGCCUUAGAAGAAAAGGCUAAACGUAAGGAGGAAAGAUUAGAAAAAAAGGAGCGUAAAAAAGAAGAAAAAAUAAAACAGGCAGCAUUGGCAGCAUACGUUAGAAAGUGGAAUAAGCCACGAGAAGACUUGGAAUGCGAAGACCUUAAACCUCUUCCAAUAGCGACUCCCCUUAAGUGUCCGUUAUUAAAUGAAAAAUUUGGUGAUUUUGCCAUUAUUUUAGAAUUCUUGCAGUUUUUUCAUGAUGAAAUUGAGGUUAAAACAUGGUUUCCCAAUGGUUUGACCCUUGAAGUUCUGGAAAAAGCAAUAAUGGAUAAAGAAAUAAUAGGUCCAUUAAAUGAUCUCAUUCAGUUACUUCUUGCAAAUAUUUUUAAAUAUCAGGCCGAAGAGGAGGACGAAAUUCACGCAGAAGCAUCCGAAGCAGUUACCGAUAAUAAUGUUGAUCAAAGAGUAUCAUCAAUGGCAGAAGCCGUCAAAUUGGCAACAAUGGCAUCGAGUUGGUCCCAAACUCAUCAAGGAUGUCAGUUGUCAGAGAUCGCCUUAGAUUAUUAUACAAUGAGUGAAAUAUUAAGGCAGCAUCUUCUAAGUUCUGGUGGACGUAUUAGUGAAGCAGCCUCAAAAUGGAGAUAUUCCCAGAGAGGUGGAUAUACAAAUCAAGACGAUCCUGCUCUUUUACUUAGAAUAGAGAAGCCACGGAUUUUGCGUUUAUUAAGUCAUCGUAAUAUAUGCGAAUUUAAUUUAGAAGAUCGAUUAACAGUUGUAAUUUGUUUAAUAAAUCAACUGCUUACAUUCGCAUCUAUUCGGGAUAUUAUUGAUGAAAGGUACGAAAAGCUUUUUCAAGCAAAAAAAGAGUUAAAAUAUUUUAUAAUUGCUGAACAGAAGAAAGAGAAAGAGGAGAGGGAAAAGUUGAAAGAAAAGGAGAAGGAUGGUAAAAUUGAGGAGGAGGAUCCAGAACGAAAGAAGAUAACUCGUAAUAAUUAUAAAGAAGAAAAGAAGAAGGAAGAAUUCGAAGCGAAACUGAAAGACUUACAAGAAGCUUCUAGAGACGAUCAAAUGAUGGUGCUCUUAGGAUCUGACAGAGCGUAUCGCAAGUAUUGGCGCUUAUUAUCCAUACCUGGAGUUUUUGUGGAAAAUGUUGACUCGUGGUCCGGUCACUGUUUACCAGAAGGGACUCCAUAUAUGCCAGAACUUGCAGAUACCAACACAUUAUAUUCUUAUUUGAAAAAUAAAUUCGAGGACGAAUGUAGUGAUAAGGAGAAUAGUUUUAAGAAAAAUAAAUCUCCCAAAAAAGUUAGUUUUUCCGAUAAAAAUGGAGUCAAGUCGCCUCGUAAGGAUACGAAAAAAGAUAUACAUAAAACCUUAAUGGUUUGUACGGGGAAUAAAGAUUGUCCCGUACACAUAAAUAGAAUCGGGCCCAAGUGGAGCUUCUAUGGUAAAGAGCAAGAUAUCGAUAAUUUAAUUGAUGCACUAAGUGAAAGAGGUAUUCGCGAGUCCGAACUUAGAAAUAAUCUUGUACAUGAAAAAGAGAGCUUGAUAGCUGCAAUUGACGAAUGUCCAAAGCAUAAAUUUAAUUCCGAUGUCUUUGCAGAGAUGAUAAAGGAUGCACCAAAAUUAUCCAAGAAAAAUAAAGUUGAUAAUACUCAUAAUAAUUAUUCACCUGAUAUGACUCUUGAUGAUAUUUUGGAACUUACUUUACGCGAUUAUGUCUUGGAUUUGGAAGACAAAAUCAAAAUGGGUUGCCUGGGUUCUCUGAAGGUAGUGAAUCGUGAUACGUGGCGAAAUGCUAUUAAUAAUCGCAAAUAUGAUAAGCAGUGUGAUAAACUUGUAUAUGGAUUGAAUGAAACUGCAGUAGACUUCGCUGUUAAUGUAGCAUUAGAUAAAAUUAAAACGGAAUCUAAAAGUAGUAGGCCAGGAACUCCUGAUUCGGAAGUCGGUAGUUCCAAUACAAAAGCAUACAGAGAUCCAGGAAAAUAUUUGGGUCCUCCCGAUAAAAGUGAAUCCUUACCAGAUUCUCUACAGCAAACUGCAAUCAAACAAUUAGCAUGCGCUAUUUUACAAAUAUCUCAAGCUAUUGAACACAAGUACCUGAAAAAACCACUAGGCGUCGACGAUAAAGAUAAGAAGUGGUCCAGUGAAGAAGCUAGGGAUCGAUGGGAGCAAUCGCUUAUGUCAUCGACAAGUUGGUCACAACUUUUUGUACAUUUAAAUACAUUGGACAAUAGUAUCGCAUGGAGUAGGAGUGCAUCGAAUGCACAAUGUCGAAUUUGUCGAAAACGCAGGGAUGCUGAAAAUAUGUUACUUUGCGAUGGUUGUAACAAGGGUCAUCACAUAUACUGUUUAAAGCCGAAGUUAACCGCUGUACCGGAAGGCGAUUGGUUUUGCUAUGUUUGUAAGCCACGAGAAGUAAAAUCAAAAGAAAAAGCCAAGAAACGAAGAAAAUUUGAGGAUGAAAUCGAUGAAGAUACGACGCUUACGAAAGAAACGAGGCAUAGUCGUGCAAGAAGAAUCGUCGAUAGUGACGAAGACGAAGAGGAGGAGAGAGAUACUAAUCAGGAGGAAGACAGUGAUGAAGAAAUAUCGAAAUCAACACAACUUUGUGCAAUUUGUGACAAUGAUGGGAAGCUUGUAGCAUGCGUGACUUGUCCAAAAUUUUACCAUAUCGAUUGUCUCGAUCCACCCCUUACAAGAGUACCUCGUGGUCGCUGGUCUUGUACAACUUGCAAAUCCCGGAAAAGCAAUCCAAGGCCAGUGGUAAAGGGUCGUGAGAAGGAGCGAGAGACCGAAAGAUCCUCCGCUGCUGCGGCACGUUCUCGCAUCCACGGCUUCGCCAAGAGCCUUCUUACUAAAGAACCUAAAGACUGGGAUGAUAGUAGCGCGUCCGAGGAAACUGAACAACCACGGCAAACGAGAAGGUCGGCAAAACGAGCGGCCGAAGUUGAAAUGGAAGAGGAGAAGAUAACUGUAAAAGGUUGCAAAGCAUUGUUUCAGGAACUUGUACACGACGUUACACGUCAUCGAGAUUCAUGGCCUUUCCUCUCACCCGUUACAAAGGAUGAGGUUCCCGAUUACUAUGACUAUAUUUCCGAACCAAUGGAUUUUGGUACCAUAAAGAAAAAACUUGAACAUGAUAACUAUCGUACAAUACAAACCUUUUAUAGCGAUUGUCUUUUAGUUUUUGAUAAUUGUCAAACCUACAAUACAGAACAUAGUGCCGUGUAUAAUUAUGUUUUUAGGGCUGGUAUGAGACUACUGAAAUUUUUUGAAAAACGAUGUAAAGAGCUAAAUCUAAACUAUGAUGAAGAUGCAGUCCGACAACCACAUCUUAAAUUACAGAAAAUAGACAGAAACGGUGACCAAAACGGUUUAGAACACAGCGAUGAUGAUUCAAAUCAUAGCUAGAGAAGGAUUUUUAUUUGUAUGUGUAACAGUUUACAGUGAUUUGCCUUCCUUAAAAUCCUAAAUUAAAAUUACUUUUUAUUAUAAAUCGUGUGGAUUUUAACGUAGCAAAUUGCUGAUAAAAUCAAUCGUUUAUUGACAAGAUAUACUUUUGGAGUUUAUCUUACUGUGAAUUUUUUUUUUUUAGUUUGAACAAAUUAUCAAAGCUCAUUUAAGUGUUAAAAAGUGCAAGGACUUGACCGACUCAGUAGAGGUUAUUCAUAUUAACGGCUGAUUUGGUUGAUAUCUAAACGCUUUUUCUAUUCGUAGAUAGUUUUGCACAUGUUUGAUUCAUAAAUUUCUCCCGGGGUUUAGCUGAGAUUAGUAUUAUUUACCGAAACACAAUCUUCUCAGCAAAAACCUUUUAAUAUAAAGUAAACCAGUGUGGGAGACUUUAUUUCAUAAUGUCCCAGUUUAAAUAUCCAAUUUAGCAUUUCACUUAUUGUUCCAUAAAUAUUGUUAUAUGAUCCACUUGAUUCAUAAAUUAUUUAUUCGCUUAACUAUA